GCCAGCCCCAAAGCAUUUGCAGCAAGGUGACAACCCGCCUGCAGGGCUACAAAACAUCCGGGAACGCAGGAUCCUCCGUGGGCUCCAUGGGACUGUGAGCUGGCAGAGUGCGAAUCGAAGAACCGAAUAUAUCGAUGGGGCCUCCAGGUAAAGACUUUCAAUUCGCUCGUGCAAAAGGCGGAGCACUGCUCAGUAAGGGGAGGGAGAGCAGCUAUCAUGCGUCGCCAUCAGCGUGCGCUACUCUCUCAGGCCCACGAGUCGCUUAGGCGGGCCGCAAGCGGGAGCGGGGGCGGGAGCAGCAGCAGCAGCGGCGGCGGCGGCUGCAGUGGUAGCGGCAGAGGCAGCCGCAGCCGCAGCAACAGCAAUAGCUACAGCAGCUCUGAGGUAGGCUGUUUAUCUGGCUCACAAUACACUGCACUUCCUUGCUCAUCGCUAGCCACAAGCUCCAAAGUCAUGCUACCUCCUCCUCCGCGGGACUUCUCGGUGCAAGAGCUUCUCAAUCCUGGUUCGAGAAACGAGACCGAAGACGUUCGAAGUGAUGGCCUUUUCUCGCGGCUCACCUUUCUCUAUCCUCGGGCAUGCUUUUCAUACCCUUUCAUGCCCGCUAUUGACCGAACGAUAAUUGUGGCCAGGCGGCACGCCAGUACCAGCAGCGGCAACACGUCCUUGCUCACUUCGGUCAGGGAGUGCUCCAAGGUAGUGCUUGGUCGGCGUAACAGCUCAUCACUAGCACCACAGUCGCCCGAGGCGGGCCGGGAAGAGAUGCAGUACGACUACCAGCCACAGAGGUCGCUGUCACCAAGCCUUGCGGAAAGAGCAAAGGAACCAGUGGCAUAUUCCCACAGGAAGGAGACGUGGUGGGAGAAGCAGCAGCAGUUGCCACUGGCUUCAAUACCCCAGGCAGAUACAUGCGAGUCUUCAAUAGGGGCCCCAUACCUUGAUGGCGGCGAGGAGUGGCACGCCAGCCCUUACACAGGCCAAGCUACUACACAGCGGGUUUCCGGUCGCUCCUCCUCAGCGUUAGACCAGAUCAGGAUGCAAGUUGAGCGCAGAGCCUGGGAUGCUGCAGUAAAGCAGGUCAUCCACCUCAUACAAGGACAUCAAGCACAAAUGCCGAGACUCCGGACUGAUGAGGUCUUACGGCGACAGGAAAAGGCGAAGGAGAGCGAUGUGGAACUCGUGUCAGUGGCAGAUCUUGUUCUGGCAAGCUGGCUGGGCAAGGCGAAACCGAAAGCGAAGAGGGAGCACAAAGAGAUCAUGUUGCAUCUCUGGCAUGUCGCCUCGGAAGCGGGAUUGCACUUCUCAGACACAGUAGCGGCGCGAUACACGCAUUAUCUCGUCAAAGCUGGCGACUCCAAGGCUGCUGCCGGCGUGGUUAAGGCUCGGCUCAUGGCUCUGCGGCAGGUUCAAAGCGGAGGGGCCAACGAAAAUAAUGGCAAAGCUCCAAGUCUGCACGUACUUUUCCGACAGUCGCAGUGUCUCGAGCGAGAAAUCGAUAAGGUCUGCACUCAAGGAAUGUCUGUAUACCGGGAUAUCAUGCAGAUGUGGGCGGAUAUGCUUCGACAGGGUUUACUGUCCACUCCGACAUUCUCCCACUUGCGCUGGCUCAUCCCCGCACUCGUGCGAUUUGUGCGGAUGGCACCGCUCGAAAAUGCAGACCUUGCUUCGGCACUCAAAGUCUUCGUUGAACUCGAGUGCGGCAAUGAUGCUCCCUCAUUGGAUCUGCACACAUUUACCACCCUUCUCUCUUUCACGCUAUCCCAUAUUGGCAACAGCGAGCUUGCCUUGCAGCUUAUCCAGCAGCACAUUGGCCCAGCUUCGCGCUCCGGGCUAGUAGCGGACAAUGCUGUGCGCAACGUCCUCUUCCAACAUGCUGCAUCCAAGCGCAGUCCAGACCUGAUGACCAUCGCAAUGCAGCGCUCUCUGCUUGGGGCAUCACCGGGAGAGGGGCAGCAUCCGCCGCCGCCGCCUCCACCUUUCCAAACAGCACUUGCAUUCGAACAGGCUUUUGGAGAUGCAAUAGAGGCCAACAACGUGCACGGCCUGGCGAUCAUGAUGCGAUGGGUCGUGCAUGAGAAUCUAUGGCCUGGCGACGUACCUGACUUACGCAAGCAGCGCCUACGACGGCUGCUCGGCCACCUCUGGCCCGAACUGUUGACGCAGCCUGAUCGCACGCGCCUCUUUCCGCAGCGUGGUGAGCAGGAUUUCGCUUGUGCAGCGGACGACUACGUACUGGCCGCCGGCAUGCAUCUCUGCGUUGAGGGCGGACAGCGCGGCCUGGCACUCAAGAUUUGGGAGCGCUUCAAGCCGCGAAUUACCAAGCGCGCCAAGUCAGGCGUUCGCCCGGUGCCCUUGGAGCCUGCGACGAUCUUCUUCAAGGCGCUGGGUGAACGAGCGGAGAAGCAGCGCAGACUCAAAUCGCGUGGCGAUCCUGCAUCAGCGGCACGGUGGGCUGACCAGACGCUCCGCACGGCACGCAUUACUUUUGGAAUGCUGGACAGGCACUGGCAAGCUCACUCGCCGGCCAUCCGCGUCGAUCAGGCGUUCUGCAAUGCGGUGCUCGAAGUGAUCGCACAAGCGCUCGUCACGGUCGACAUGUGCAUGACUGGCAGGGAGUUUCAACGCAUCCGCGGAACCAUUCAGCGCGUCUUUGAGCGCAUGAUCGAAACCAAACUGUGCGUCUCUCCGCGGCAUCAGCAUCUCUAUCACCUGUUGCUUGCGUCUAAAGAGUGACAUGUAGUGUACAGCGAAUUUGGAAAGAAGCGCGAAGCGCUCAUAGCCACU